AUGCGUCGRGUUUGUGACGCCUGCUCCAUUCGACGGGUCAAAUGUGACGGAGAAGACCCGUGCUCACGAUGCCUCAAUUCUUCACUAGAAUGUCACAGGCUUCGGCCGAGGCAGAAGAUGGGACCUAAAAGCAUUCGAAAGAAGACCUUCGAUCGGCUUGUUGCCACAACGGAGACUCAUCAAUCCUAUCAGGGCGAUCAACUCGAGUCUGGACGUGUGAACCACCUGGCUACGAACUCCUUUCCAGCAGAUCAGGACGCAGGUCACAGCUAUGGCAUUGGUCAGAUCAGCACGGCCACACUUACCUUAUAUCUUGACAUUUACAACCACAAAAUGUUUCCUGUGUGGCCAAUAGUCGACACCAAUGCCCUCAUCCUCAGACUGAACGACUUUCAGCCCGAUUUUGAAGCUUACAUGCUCGCGGCGAGCAUAUGUGCGGCCACGAUACUGCAGCUUCAACUCGCAAUGGAUGGUGGUGAAACGCCAGUAGCUCAAGCCAUGAUUGACGAGAUUGAACAUCUUCGGUAUACACGCAGAUAUCGACAAUAUCCUUCCCUAGACUCUCUCCGAACGAGCUUCUUCAUGCAUGUUGCUUACAUCCACAUUGGACAGCGAAUGACCAGCACUCUACUACUGAAAGAGGCCAUCUCCACGGCCCACUUGCUGAAUCUGCAUAAUGCUUCUUUCUAUGCCAAUCUACCACGCGACGAAGAGCAGGUGAGCCUUAGGGUAAUCUGGCUUCUGUUCAUCACAGACAGAGCCCACGCCAGCCAAUAUGACAUUCCCUCAACCGUAUCCAUCCCUGCCUCUCUCCCCAGCCUAGCCUCCAACAAUCAAGAGUUCUCUCUCGACGCUUUCACCCUCCUCUGCAGCAUGUUCGCACACUUUUCCCAAGCAUUCGACAACGCCAACCCAACCACCGUCAGUCUCACCGCUCUCGAUACCGAUCUCCGAGCUCUACCAAUGCUCUCCCGACAACACAACACCAUCCAGCGUGCCGAUGCUCUCGUCACCAAACAAUGGAUGCGACUUUCUCUAUGGAAACUCGCCGUCUCCMAAAUGCAAAUGUCUACCAGCCCUUCCGAAUCUCUUGAUAGCAUCUUCUUUCCCAUACAAGCGACGCGCGACCUUCUCUCCACCAUAUCACAACUCUCCAUCGAUGCACUCGAAGCACACGGUCCAGGCAUGGAACUCAAAUUGUUCGAGUUUGCAAACUCGCUGGCAGACGUCAUCACAUGUCUGCCCACCCACUCGGUCACAUCAGUGCCAGAGUUUGGGCCGAAAGACAGUCUCGUGCAUUUGGCUACACUUCUGGGCAGUUUCCGAGGAGGGAGUAACGCACUGAUGCCAAUCUUGCAGGCGAGACUAGGAGGUGUAGGGUUAGAUGUUCCACGCAUUCCCCGUGUGGUGGACGUGAGUGGCGAGUCAAAUGAGAGCGAUGGUACCAGGUCUUCGCACGAGCUGGAAGAAGUGGGGAGAGACCAAACGAUCAGUCCUUUUCGACAGUCUUCACCUGCCGGGAGCUUUUGGCCGUUAGAUUUCGGGGACAGUACUUUGCUGACACCCCCUAGUAUGACCACCUAUGUUGCCGAACCUGGGUGA